CAGAAUAACACAUAGGGUACUUUUUACUGGGAAAACUUCUCACUCCCACGGGAUACCGACUUCCACGCGGACGAAGUCGCGGGCGUCCACUAGUCGAUUAUAAUUCUACAUCGAUUAAUUAUGAAAUCACCGUCACAUACAUUAUAUUUUACACAUAUACAUAAAUAUUUAUAUGUGUUAUUUACACAAUUACUUUUUCUUAUUUAGGAACAUGACGCUAACCAGUUACGCCAACUACAAGUUUUAUACUAUUAUAUUAGUGUCUUGGAUUUUCAAUUAAGAGUAUAUUUAAAAAAAAUUGGAUAAACAGUUUUUUGUAAAUAAAUUUAACAUAAUUAACAUAAAUGCUAUUGUUAAUAAACUAGACAGUUUUGAAUUAGCGGAAGAAGUGAAAUGUGACACUCAGGAAUGUAUUGAUUAUCUGGUAAAGCCAAAGCCAUAUUUAAAAAUGCUCCAGCAAAAAAUUAGGAGUAAUAACCAAAAUUUCUUCAAGCUACAGAUAUUAUAUUAUAUGGAUAUGGAUUGUGAUAUAAAAGUAUUAUCCGAAUGUUGGUUGACUAAAAAUUGCAAUACACCAUGUUUGAAUGACUAUAACCAUUAUAGCACUACUGUGAACCUUAAUCAAAAUAAUAGGGUGAUUGUGUAUGUAAAUAAUCAAUUGGAUGUUACAGUGGAUAAACUAAUACUUUCAGAGGCUAAUUGUUUUGUAUUAAAAUUCGACAGUGAUACAGUAUUAAUUGCUAUUUACAGACCACCCUGUUUCAGAAAUUAAGAAACAUUCUUGAAUUCCCUACAGUGUUUACAGGAAAAUAUAGUUAGCUUUAAAAAUAGGUAUAACUAUAAUCCUUCUUGGUGACAUCGAUAUAAAUAUUUUAAAGUCGACAACUGACAGUUCAUCUUAUCUUGGUAUUGUUUCUUUUUGCGGCUUACACCUUCAAUACAACGUCCCGUGGAAUAAAUUGCUUGGAUCAUGUCAUUAUGAAAAAAAAAAUUCACUAAUUGGUGGUGCCUUGGCUUAUCAUGACGCAAUUUUAUUUUGUUUGGAAAAGAAAGCUUCGAAAAUAAGUCACAUAUGUAGUAUAAAAUGUAAAUAUAACUUGAAAACUAUCAAAAAUAAUUGUUCUCAGAUUUACUUUAAUGCUAUAUAUUCCGACAAUGAUCUAAAUAAAGCCACAAAUUUAUUCAUUAGUUCUAUUUACAUUGUGGUGACGGAUAACAUCAUAACUGUAAGAAGCUCAAGAAAUAAUUUCAAAAUUAAACCAUCGAUGACCACUACUUUAUUUCGUUUUGUAAAAACAAGAGAUAAAAUGCAUAGUAGAACAAAAAAGGAACAAGACAACGAUAUUCUUAAAAAUAAUUUAUAAAAGACAUAAAUUUUUACAAUAACUUAUUAAGGAAAAUUAAAAGACAAUAUGAAAAAGGUGAACCACUUAAAGAUAAGAAUAACAAUAACAAAACAUUAAAGAUAAUACUCAGGAAUCCAUAGAUAAUGUUAAUGUGGGAAAAAGUUGCGAUGAAUAUUCCACAAAAUUUUAUUCAAACGGAGCAAAUAUAUAUGUAAUUGUUCAAAUACGACAACCUCAAGUUCCUUCGCAUUGGUUGAUGUGACUGUUGAAGAAACAUCAACAAUUAUCACCAAUUUAAAAGCUGACUGCGCGUCAGGCUAUGGCAUCAUUCUUCGGGACAGUGUAAAAAUGAUAGCACCUCUUCUAACAGAUUUAAUAAAUUGUAGUCUAAAUAUGGCACUUUUUCUUUGAGCGUGUCAUAAAUAACAGACUUAUUAAAUACAUCGAAAAGAAUAAACUGUUAGCGGAAAAGCAGUUGGUUUAGAGGAAAAGUCAACUGAAGAGGCAGUUCAUAAGCUUGUUUAGGGCUUAGAGGAGAAAUUCGAGAAAAAUAUAAAAUGCCUUAUCAUGUUCCCGCACCUCAAAAAGGCAUUUGAUACAGUUUCUAUAUGUAUCCUAUUGAACAAACUAAGUGAUAAAAUAGGAAAACACUUAAGUAAAGAACAUAGUCCGACUUUAUUUUUGUGCUACAUAAAUGAUCUUUGCCUGUUAAGGAUUCAAAAUUGUGAAAAUAUCAUAUGCCGAUUAUACUGCCCAUUUUUUGCAGAUACAUGUGACGAAAUUUUUAU